CACGCGGAGGGAGCUGCGACUGAUACGCUGUGAUCGGUCCACCUCCACAUGGCGCAGGCUUUACCUUUUCACUCACUCCUCAAGCCCAAACACAACAUGAUGUCCUGCACUGGCGUGGACUCAGCUGCGCCGCUCAUUUUGCGCACUGAAGUUUUGAUUUAGCUGAAAUUAGUCUGGCGUCUCGAACUUGAUUGGACAGGAGGGACAUUCGCUAGAUCACUGCAGGGUUUUUUUCUUCUUCUCAGAAGACACCUGGAAGAAAAACCGGUUUUAGUGAUUCCCGGGAAAAGAGACAUCUGGGACCAGAGACGAGGAGCAGCCAUGCUGGGCGGUGAAGGGGAAAGCAGCACCUUCACUCCCGCGAAGGAAGUAGCGCAAGACCGGCGCAAGUCUCCGGCUGUGGACGGGGACGAGUCCGCUGCUGGCGGCAGGUACCCGGAGCACGCGAUGGGGGCAGACCGCUCCUACUACAUCCCGGCCAAGCAGAGCCCGGACACCCCGAGCCACUGCUCUUUCAUCCCCUACACGCCGAGCGGGACGGUUUACGCCGCGUCCGGCGCCGGCAGGUACCCUUCUUCUCUCCACCUGGGCUCCGUGUUGCCCCCCGCGGGGUUUGCCCCCUCCGCUGCGGGACGAAGUCACUUCAGCCCGGCGUACCAGCUCGGCCAGAGCCCCGGGUGCAUCUACCCGGCCUACAGCAGCUCGGGCUCGGCUCUCGGCAACAUCGCUGUGCCCGCGGCGGGCCCGGGGAUGAAGGCCCAGGUGUACCUCUGCAACCGGCCGCUGUGGCUCAAGUUCCACCGGCACCAGACCGAGAUGAUAAUCACCAAGCAGGGCAGGCGGAUGUUCCCGUUCCUCAGUUUUAACAUAGCUGGCCUCAACCUAACGGCGCAUUACAACGUCUUCGUGGAGGUGGUGCUGGCGGAUCCGAACCACUGGAGGUUCCAAGGUGGCAAGUGGGUCACCUGCGGCAAGGCGGACAACAGCGGCCAAGGUAGUGAAACAGGAAACAAAGUCUACAUCCACCCAGAGUCUCCAAACACGGGAGCCCACUGGAUGAGACAAGAGAUUUCUUUUAGCAAACUGAAACUCACGAACAACAAAGGGACCAAUCACAACACUUCACAGAUGAUUGUCCUGCAAUCGCUGCACAAGUAUCAGCCCAGGCUGCACAUCGUGGAGGUGACGGAGGAUGGGGGGGAGGACAUCAGCACUGAGGUCAAGACUCAGAGCUUCACCUUUCCGGAGAACCAGUUCAUAGCUGUGACGGCAUACCAGAACACUGAUAUUACACAACUGAAAAUUGACCACAACCCGUUUGCCAAAGGAUUCAGAGAUAAUUAUGACUCCAUGUACACAGCUCAGGAAAAUGACCGCCUGACACCAUCUCCGACCGACUCGCCCCGUGCCCACCAGAUUGUCCCUGGGGCCCGCUACACCAUGCAGCCCCUCUUCCAGGACCAAUUUGUUAACAACCUCCCCCAGAAUCGCUUCUAUAACAGCGAGAGAGCCGUGCCGCAGACCAACAGCCUCCUCUCGCCUCAGACGGAAGACGGAACGUCUCAGAGGUGGUUUGUCACCUCCAUGCAGCAAGGGGGAAACGGCACUAGCGCCAGCAACAAACUAGACCUGACCCCCUACGAGGGAGAAAACUCAAGCUCCCUGCUUCCUUAUGGAAUCAAAUCCCUGUCCAUGCAAACAUCCCACGCUCUCAGCUACUACCCGGACUCGCCUUUCACCACCAUGUCUGCGGGGUGGGGGUCCAGGGCAGCUUACCAGAGAAAGGUCUCUCCCAGCCUGCCUUGGUCCCCCAGGCCCAGUCCCACCACUGGUUUCCCAGAAGACUCAAACAAAGUGAAAGUGCAGAUUGAAGAGGAGGUGAACGGCGGCGGAAGUCUGGUCUCCUCCUGGGCAGACACGCAGUCGUCGGCUCUGUCCUUAGACAAGGCUGAUUCUUAUUCCACAGCCUGUAAGCGAAGGCGUCUGUCACUCAAUGGUCCCAGCGCAGAGGACUCAUCCUCUGACAUUAAGUGCGAGGACUUGGCCUCUGUUGCCAUCAACAGUAGCUCCUAUGGCAAAGAAGGCCCCUCAGCCAAAGGCAUGGCAGCUUACUAUUCCUUUUACGCAAACCCGUGAAUGGUUCGUCAUCUCUCAUUUUGUUUAUUCAUCAUCAGUGAUAAGAACUCAUAUUUUACUGUUUUUUAGGGUUAAUGCGAACACCCAUAAUUGGUCUUGGUGUCAAUAAAUCUGGUGAUGACAUAUUUUUUUCCGUUUUUGUUCACACAGGAAAUAAAGGACAGAAAUAAUACAACAAUUGUGCAACCAAGGGGCAUGUGGCACAACAUGCGUCAGCAUCCACGGUUAUUGUUUUAUUACCGAUUUUUUCUAUUUCAGUUCGUCCAUUCUCUUUUUUUCUCCACCCCAUUAUGUAACUUUGUAUUUGAAGCUAUGAAAGUGCAAAAGCAUUGCUUAAGGUACGCCGUUAAAAAAGAACAGGGUCUGUAUGUUUUUGUGUCCAUCCAUUAGUCUAUCUGCGUCUUAAGUGAGGUUAUGUGUUUAUAGAUUAUUUAUGGAAAGCCUGUUGAUAUGAAAUUUGUGCACUCAUAAACGUGUUGAAGAUAUGCUGUAAAUACCAUCAUUGCAAUGUUCAGAUAUUUGAUAAUAAAAGGCU